ACGGUCCUGUUACCGUGGGGAUGAGCUUGGACAUCGCCAGCAUCGACACCAUCUCAGAGAUCAACAUGGACUACACAGCCACCAUCUUCCUCCGCCAGCGCUGGACGGACGAGCGCUUGGUGUUUGAGGGCAACAAGAGCCUGAGCCUGGACGGGCGCCUGGUGGAACUCCUCUGGGUCCCCGACACCUUCAUCGUGGACUCCAAGAAGUCCUUCCUCCACGACAUCACCGUGGAGAACAGACUGAUCAGGAUCUUCCCCAACGGGACCGUCCUGUACGCUCUGAGGAUAACCACGACAGUGGCGUGCAACAUGGACCUGACCAAGUAUCCCAUGGACAAGCAGACGUGCACGCUGCAGCUGGAGAGCUGGGGCUACAACAUCAACGACGUCAUGUUUUAUUGGACCCGAGGAAACGAGUCGGUCAGCGGUCUGGACACGCUGCAGCUGGCCCAGUACACGGUGGAGGACCACUACACGUCUGCCUCUGAGGCCGUCUAUGAAACUGGCCACUACCCCAGGCUGGUGUUUCACUUUGAGCUGAAGAGGAGCAUCCUCUACUUCAUCCUGGAGACCUACGUUCCCUCCAGCCUGCUGGUGGUCCUCUCCUGGGUUUCCUUCUGGAUUUCCCUCUCCUCUGUUCCAGCUCGCAUUUGUAUCGUACAGCCACCAGAUGCAGGAGAUGGAGGACGAGAUGAACGGGAUCAUCACCACCAUCACCAGCCACUCCCACCGAGCCAAGAGACGCAAGGAGCCUGCGGCCGCCUCGGCCCCCUCGGCCCCCGCCUCCACAGAACUCACCGUCGGCCCCUCCAGCCCCUCCGGCAGCGAACCCAAGCCCGAGGCGUCCCCCCCGGAGCCCACCAACUGGUGCCUCACUGCUCUGGCCACCAUCCGCAAAAUCCUGAGUUUCCUCAGCUGCUGCCACGUGGAGAACCCCCACCACAUAGACAACUACUCCAGAGUGGCCUUCCCACUCUCCUUCAUCAUGGUCAACCUGCUCUACUGGACUUAUUAUCUCUACUUCUAGUACUUACAGCACGUGUGUGUACUGUGUGUACUGUGUGUGUGUACAGGAAGUGGUAACUGAAAGGGGUUUGUACAAUUUAUACAUUUGGAUUCAUGAAUGAUGUAGCAAACUUUAUCUKUGUUUUUGGAGGAAACUGCAGCUUUAUUUUUAAUCGCGAUAUACUCUUCUAUAGUUGUCUCUGGUUUAUUUUGAGUAUAGCCCCCCGACACAGACGAGAGAAGAGCUGAAGCAGCUUAAAUCCAAUCAGACCUUCAGCUGUUUGUUUACAGAGCAAACAGAGAACAGGUGCUUCAGGUGCUUCGUUUGCUAUUAAUGAUAUUAAUAAUAGGGCUUGCCAUAUCA